AUGAGUAGUGAACCGGAUACGCCCGACGUUCGUGACGGAUUGGCGCAACAAGGAGAUGAUCAGCUUGAGAGUGACGCUGAAGAUGAAACUGCCAAUGAUACCACAAUACCACAUGAAGCCGAGGGCAGUGCGGAACGUACACUCCAAAAUGGAAAACCAUAUGCGGUGUCCGACGAAACCACAGAUUACAGUGUCUUCUCGAAUCCAUCCGACCUCGGGGAGAUGCGCCGGAGAAUCUUCGAAAUGACCGAGCCGAUUGAGCUCUCUGUCGCCGACUUUGAAACUUAUUUCCCCUUUGUCGACAAUAUUUGGCGCAAGAUGAGAUCGGCGGAGACGCAACCAGAGGGUAGUGUGAGAACGGAGUAUUACGCCUGCCGACUACGAAGAGGCGCAAACCAGAAACCCCAUGUGCCGCGACCCACUCCCGAGGGCAAACAAUCCAGGAAAAAGAGAGUGAGAGAUGAUAAGACAUGUGGCAUGACCAUGAAGGUGGUCUACAGCUCUGGGCCGGCCCCAAGUUGUAUCUUAUCAAAAGCGGUGGAUAGUUUCCAGAAACAUUCUCACGAUCUGGACUACAUUGACUCCACAAAACGCAAUUCGGGUAUCAUGGACACGGCUCGGCGAGAGGCCACCAAAGGAUUCUUGCCGGCUUCAAUAUUUUGGAAGAUGUGGGAGGAGCCGGAAAAGAUGCAUGCCGCAGGGGGAAAAUUCAUGAAGGUCUCCGAUGUUCGAAACGUUCAAUAUGCCUGGCGACAAGAGAAUCAACAAACGGUAUUGAAAGCGCACACAGGCUUCAACCAGACCCGUGCGCCCCGACAACGACCACCGACUCCACCAAAGCCCUACCAGCCUCCCAUGCAGCCUGGCAUCUUUGGACGAUUAGAUCCUUCCAGACCGGAUGGAACGAGACCCGAGCAGCAUCCCAUACCACUCGACACGCUGCAGUACCCUGAACAUGCUCGAGGAUUCCUGGACCCAUACAUUCCCGAUCCCAAACUGGGCCCCGUCCGGAACCGUCCCCAUGUCACCCUGACAUGGGCAAGCAGUCUUGACAGCAGGAUCAGCCUGGUACCAGGUAUGCCCACCGUCAUUUCCGGCCCGGAGACCAAAGCAAUGACACACUAUCUACGAAGUCGACAUGAUGCCGUUCUCGUUGGCGUACAAACCGCGAUAGCGGAUGAUCCAGCUUUGAAUUGCAGGCUUGCCAAUCCCGCUGGCUAUGGCGCACUGUCCCGGGAAUAUCAACCACGACCCAUUAUCAUUGACCCCCACGCACGACUUCACAUUCGACCCGAAAUGAAAGUGCUCAAGAUUGCCGCCGAAGGUCGUGCAAAGGCUCCAUGGGUUGUGGUAGCUCCCGGUGCCAUGCUGCAUCCCUUGGCGGUCAGUACUUUGAAGGCUCACGGUGGAGAAUAUCUCAUGAUCAAUGACUAUCAUCCUCAAGCCGGAGGUUUAAAUUGGGAAGGAAUUUUCAACGUUCUCCACCGAGAGGGAAUCCAAAGCAUCAUGGUUGAAGGAGGUGGAAUCGUUCUCUCCGAGCUCCUAAAAUGGCGACACUCCCACAUGAUUGAUUCAGUCAUUCUCACAAUUGCACCAACUUUCUUUGGCAAGGCCGGGGUGGCGGUAUCACCGGACCCGACGUUUGAUCCAACAGGAAGACCUAUUGCCUCAAGACUCAGGAAUGUCCGAUGGCAACCCAUGGGCGACGCUGAUGUUGUACUCUGCGGUCACUUAGGCUACGAUCGUCCUGCGAAUGGAAUUCUUCCUGGCGUUCAACGGUUUUCUCACACUGCUCAAGACCCAGCAGAUCAGCGACAAAAAUCACCACAAACACAACCGCCGCAGCCAACCCACCAAUCAAUUCCUCCGAGCCAUAUUACAGGAACAAACACAGGUCCGCCCCCUUCAGUACCACCAUCCGCUCAAGCUCCUUCAGCCCCGGCUCCGAGCUGA